CAAUGGCGGCGCGCGGCAGGAGGAGGUGGUGUGURGCCACCGUCACGUGACCCCGCCGGGCCAAUCGAGCGGCGAGGGGCGUGGCCCGGCCGCUGUCAUGGCGGAUGGGGAGCGAUCGCCGCUGCUGCCGCCCGAGGCGGUGCCGGGGCCGGGCGGGGCCGGGGCCGGCGGAGGCGGGGGGGCGGGGCCCGGCGAGGCCCCGCCCCCUUACUCGCCUUUGGGCAGCCCCGAGGCAGUGGGGGCGGGGCCUCCGGCGGUCACGUGCCGCGUGUGCCAGCGGCCAAUCAGCGUCGAGGGCAAGACGCACCAGCACGUGGUGAAGUGCGGAGGGUGUGGCGAGGCCACGCCAAUCCGUACAGCCCCCGGCGGAAAGAAAUACGUGCGGUGCCCCUGCAACUGCCUGCUGGUGUGCAGGGCCUCGGCCCAGCGCAUCGCCUGCCCACGGCCAUACUGUAAGAGGAUCAUCAACCUGGGCCCGGUGCAGACAGGGGCUCCCAGCCCUGACCCGCCCCCAGGUGGGGUSCGCGUGGCCUGCGCCCACUGUGGGGGCCCAUUCCUGUGGGCGGAGCUUCCCGACCGCUCCCUGGCCCGCUGCCCCCACUGCCGCAAGGUGUCAGCGAUUGGCCGGCGGUUCCCGCGGCGACGCUGCCUCUGCUGCCUGCUGGGGGCGCUGCUGAUGGGCGGGGCCGCGGCAGGACUGGCGGCCGGGACGUGGUGGCUGUGGCGCCGGGCGCGGUGGGUGCCGGCGGCGUGGGCGGUGCUGGGGGCGGGGGCAGGGGCGUGUCUGCUGCGCGCGGCCUAUUGGGGCUGCGUGCGGGUCAGCCAGCCCCUCCCCCCGCGCACCUGACCACGCCCGCCCGGCGAGGACACGCCCACACGGAGAGACCACGCCCACACGGAAACGCUCCCUCGGGGCAGGACGGUGCUGCGGGACUCGCCCCGGCGGCGAUGGCGUCGCGCGGCCCCACCGCUCGUUCGCUGUUGAGCAAUUCAACCACUCCUGGCCCCGCUCCUUUCCCCCAGCAUGGCCUCGCCCCUCCCGCAUGCCUUGGGCCCCGCCCACUUGUACAUAAGCCCCGCCUCCUGUACAGCCCUAUUUAUUUAACGGCCAUGCCCACCAGAGGGGGCCUUGUAUGUAAAUAAACCCGAUAUCAAAGGAUUUCCCCCAAAAUCURCUUUUAUUAAAA